GCGGGAGAGGAGCAAAAGAAGAAAGUAAUGUCGUCGUCGUCGGAAUCAGAAGAAAUGGAGGAGGAGUUGCAGAAACUAGAGCUUGUUGGGCCUAUGUGGAAGAACAAGAAGCGGCUUUCAAAACAGCUUUCGAUGUGCGAGACGCCACGCGACAUCGCCUGGGAGAAACGGCGCCGACAGAUCCUCCGACGGAGGAAUGGAUUCGAGGAAUCAGAUGCAGGGCUUAUUGGGUUGACUGAUGAGGAUCUUUGUGAGCUGAAGGGGUCUAUUGAACUGGGGUUUGGGUUCAAUGAGGAAGAUGGGCAGAGCCUCUGUAAUACACUGCCUGCUCUCGAUCUGUAUUUUGCGGUGAAUAGGCGUUUCUCUUCUGCUUCUUGCUCGUCUUUGGACACCGCUGGUCUUAAACAGAGGGGGUAUUCGUGUAGCCCAGUGUCUACUCCACUGGGUUCUGCCAAAAGCCCAACUUCGUCUUUAGGGAGCCCAAGGAGCGAGUCCGAUUGGAAGAUCUGCAACCCAGGGGAUAAACCACAACAAAUAAAGACAAAGUUGAGGCACUGGGCACAAGCCGUAGCUUGUUCUGUGAGGCAAUCUUAUUGAAGAGAAUGAGAAGUGGGAGUUGUACAGAGAAAGGGAGAGAGAUAGAGCGAGAGAAUAUGCACCCACCAGAGAGAUAGGCAAAAGGCAUGGGAUGGGCAUAAAGA